UUUCAUACUCGAACCCAGUCCACCAAGACUCACAAUCCUAUGCAUAAGCGAACCACUUCUUUCAAUGAAGUCACGUUACCAAGCUGCAUCACCAAUCGUCGCUUCCACAAAACGAGAGAAAGUCUGUACACAAACUUUUGACACCAAUCAAUAUCAAUAACCCCAACAAACAAGAUAUAAGCAAACGAUACAUAAUCAUCAGCUUUACGACAGCCUUGCAAACUCGCUCGAUUGACUCGAGCCCCAGUUUCAGCGAUAUCGCCCCGCAUUCCUCGAUACAGAGUACUACCUUCACCUCACUAUUCCACCAUAUCAUUAACCACUCACCACAAUGUCCGAAUUUUCUCCCUUCCCUCGCCUCCCUCCAGAGCUCCGAAACAAAAUCUGGGGCCAUGUGGCAAACCAAGAACCCCGCGCCCUCGACCUCUGGACGGACUUCAAGCGCUGCGAAAUCGCCAACACCAUCUUCUACACCCAAGCCUACGAAUGUGAACUCUCCCACCGUCCACCGCCGCCCAUCUUCCGAGUGAACUCGGAGUCUCGGAAAGAAGCCCUGAAACACUAUACCUUGGAGUUCGCCACGGGUAUGACUCUCCCGAAAGGAAUCUCGGUCACGGUCUCGGCUAGGAUUUAUAUCAAUUACUCGGUCGAUAUCCUGCUCCCGAGAGGGUAUUGGAAUCUCGUUGCGUUCUCGAAUUUGGCGUCGCGGGCGGGGGGCCGAUUGAAGCACUUGGCUGUGGAUGUCAAUGGGUCGCUUUGGAAAGACAACUUGCGGGACUAUUGCAAGAAGAGAUGCUGGGUUUUCUACGAAUUGCAGGAGUUGAUUCUUUAUGACUCGAGCGGGGUCGAUAUGUUCAAGAGGAGUGAUUUCUUGGAGAAGUUCAGGGAGAGGUAUCGAGGGGGACCAAAGGAUUUGAGCUUCACCGAUUGGGUGGAGGAUCCGACUGCGCAGAUGGUUGGGGUCAAGAAUAUCUUUGAAAAGAUGUUUGAUAGGAUUGAGGGGAAAGUUGAGGAGGAGGUAGAGAAGCCUAAGGGAGAAGGUAGAGUGCUGACAGAGGCGGACAUUCAUCCUUCUUACCUGAAAGACUGCGAGCCGACUCACGCAGAUGAUUUGCAGAGACCAGUAGUGAGGUUGGCUAGACUCGAGGUUACAGAGCCCACGGUUGUUCCUAUUUGAGGUUGGAUACCUUUGUGUGGCGGUGCAUGGUUUACUGGAGUUUGAGAUGCAUUUCUAGGUGUUGGUUGGAUAGCGUUGGAUGCUUUUUUAGCAUGGAAUUAUUUAACCACAAUGAACUGCGUUGACGUUCAUCUCGCAUUCUUCGGUGUCUCUGUUCAAGCAACGCUUAAUCUCUAAGAAAAGAUUAAUUGCUUACAAGAAGGCUCGUUGGUUGGUAAUAAGGAAUCGCCGAUCGGCUACAGUUGAAAAUUGGGCAAGUUAGAAUAGAGAAGCUUGUGAAUGAUUGUUGAUGGUUUGGGGGAGAAUCGAUCCGACAAGCGACAUUGAUAAAUGAGGACGAGGUAUAGUGUAUGGUAAAUGGCUCAGUAACAAGUGAACAGCAGCUAUCUAAGAGGAAUCUGCAAAGGUCACGUGUAUAGACCUUUGAGCUGAUCUUCCAAUGCUUCUCUGAGCAG